AUGAAGUCGAGGCUGCUAGUAUUUGCAUGCUUUGUCUUCCUUGUUUAUGCAAGAGAACCAUUAAAGAUAGGUUUUUUAGAAGGGAUCUUUGGGAAAAAAUCAUCAGAUAAAGAAACUGGAAAGGGUAAUGGAGGAGGAGGUGGUCCAUUACCUCCCAAUCCCGAUGAGGAAGAAGCUAUAAGAAAGUUAAGACUCCAAGCUUUAAUGUUGGGUACAGAGGUCGAAGAUCUAGGCAAAAUCAUAAAUCAGCAAUCUAGGGAAUUGGAACAAAGAAGGGAGGAAGAAGGAGAAAAACUAAAAAAUAGUUCUCAAGGAGUGAUACAGGCGUCAGAAAACAUUAAAAGCAUUAACGAAGAAAGUAAAAAAGGUCGGAGAAAAAUUCGUAGACUUCAAAAGAGGAUUAAACCACAUACAUCAGCUAUAGAAAAAAUAAUUAAUGAUGAAGAAGGUGGAGAAGACAGAGAUGAUGAUGAUAACGAUGAUGAUGAUGACGAUGAUGAUGACGAUGACGAUGACGAUGACAAAAAGAAAAAGAAAAGCAAAAAGAAAAGCAAAAAGAAAAACAAAAAGAAAGAUGGUAAAAAUAAGCCCAAAUCAGGAGGACUAAGAGGAUUGUUAGGGUUAGGAAAGAAAGGACAAAAGGAUUGA